GAGUGGUUUAGGAGAAAUCAGCUUGUCUAUGUUUAACAGCACCAGUCUGACCUCAGUGAACAGUCUGACUAUGGCAAUCCAAGGUAUCACAGCAAUAGGACCGCAGACCUUUGAUAGGUUUCAAAACCUCAAAAUACUCAAUUUAGACAAAAAUCAUCUCUCCCAAGUCUCCUCAAACUGGUUCAGCCAUCAGGUUACACUUGAGACACUCAGACUCUCAAAUAAUAAAAUCUCUACACUGGAUCAUAGUUCUUUUAAUGGGCUGUCAAACCUGCUCAACUUAGAUUUGUCUCAGAACCAGGUUCACACUAUAACCCCAAGCAGUUUUCUUGGUCUCAGUAAACUGAGGCACUUAGACCUGUCCAACAACAAACUGACACAUUUGAGUACGGAUGUGUUUCUUCCACUUAAUGGCACAAAGAUCAGCUUGGAUGGAAAUCCCUGGGACUGCUCCUGCUCUGUGAAUGACUUUGCCAAAUACCUGAGAGGUCUGCAGAAUGCCUCUCUUCUGGAGAAUGAGAUGCUGGUGUGCUGCAAUAGCCCUCCUUAUUUGGAAGGUGUACCAGUAUGGCAGGUACCUGAGUGUAAAACCUUCACAUCCAUGAGCCCUACCACUACCAGUCUUGCCACUAUGAACCUGACCACUGGAGGUGCUGGCACAGGGAACCCUGCCACUGUAUUAAUAACCAAACCUCUUAUAAUUGGUCACUCGACUUUAAUCAUUUUUAUUGUGGUACUGUGUGCUCUGGUUCUUGUCAUCUGUGUCCUUUCAGCAUUGUAUCACAGGAAACGAGAGAGGAGACAUCUACAGACUGUAAAACCUGCUUCAGAGAAAUCAGAAAUGAUUCGAACCAGUGAAUCAACUGCAAAAAGCAAUGGAGAAGAAAACAGAAAAGUGAAAUCUGAAAUCGCUAAUAAAAAGCAUAUUUCCACAACAGAAGUGUUAUUGACGGCAAACCAGAUGGUGGCUGGAGAUGAGAAGAUAUCACAGAUUUACCAGAUUUAUUCAUCAGGGCCAUAUGACACCAGAGAACCCAUUAAACGUGUGAGAUCUGCUGGGCCGGUCUUGUGCAGGAUGGAGAUGAUUUCUAAACUGACAAAAGCGGAUGAAGUUGGGGUAAGGAAUGAUGAGUAUUACGAUGGAUGGAUGAUCUCAGAAAAAACAAAAGACAAUGUGUCUGUUAAUACUGAGGAGGUGGAGAAGUUGGAGGAUGGAAAGUGCAUAGCAGAUGAGGAGAAAGAGGGAUCCACUGAGGUUAGUAAAACCACUGACGCUCUGGAAUCACAUGAGGAGCUUAGAGAUGAAGAUACUGAUGAGAGCGUUCGAGCCGGAACAAGCGUAGAUAAAGACGUUCAUCAGCAUAGAGUGUUGAACAAUGUGUUGGAUCACCUGAACGAGUUGGCGGAUGGAGCAGGAAGCAGUCAAGAUGUUCUCCAGCUAAAACAUGUCACGUCCCAGUCUGAGGAGCCUGAUGAAAACCUGCCAUACCUCACGAUCGGUGCUGAUCCAGAAAAACAGACCACUGGGGUUGAUCAGAAUACUGCUAAAGGAACAUCUAGACCUUCAAGACCUAUUCGGCGUGUACUUACCUGGCCUCCAACUGCGGCCCAGUGGAAGAAGCAGUGGGCUCAAAAUCAACAAGUCCUCAAUGUGUUCCCGCAACUAAUAUUUGUAUCUGGUUGCAGGCAUGAAAUUAGACCAUUUCCACCCAACAUUUCUCCUGCAAUCUUCCCAACUGCCCCACAGUUCACUGCAAUAGAGUUUCUGCCUGAAAUCCCAUUACCAAUGGAAGAUGUCCGGGUCACUAUUGAUGAGGACACUUACAGGGCACGUCUGGAGUCAUCCAAUCAAAGAGUCCUGCAUUUCAAUGCAAAUGAAUGCUUCUCUAAUAUGUCACCAAGGGAGGAUGGCAGAAUUAUUUCAAAUGGGGAAACUUGGAUGUCAGGUCUCGAGUCGAACAUCUUUUCUGACUUGUCCUCCAAGAACUCGCCAAUUGAUGAAAGUGAAGUCUGCUCUGAAUUCAGUUUUUUUAAUCCAUCAUUUGGUGGCAGCAAGUCAAAGCCUGCUUUUCGAGAGGAAGUAAACAACAAAGAUGACGUUGAGGAAAUACAGAACAUAAAAACAAAAGCACACAGAGUUCACCAAAGUGAGCAGGUUGCAUCAGAAUUGCAGAAGCCAUCCAAGAGAGCAGGGAAAGCUGCACAGAGACCACGGCAAGGUCAGAUGUGUGAAGGGUCUGACUCAAGAGCGCCCCCUCCGGGAGGUUCUCCAAAAGAUGACAGCCUGUUGCUGGGCAAUGAGUACACCUUUAUAGACCUGCUACAUGAGGUGGUGGAAAAUCACGGGCGCUGGACCCGAGACAGGUGGAGACAAACACAAAAAAACAAAACCAAACUCAAACAGAGUCGUUAAGUACUGGAAGUAUGUUUCUAAAUAUACAAUUGAUGGAAAAAUUUAUAUUAAAAAGAUUUCAAAAUAAUUUGUUCUUAUGCUCUGUAAGGUGAAACCUGCGAAACAAACUGUAAAAUAUACAAAAUCUAAUAAUGGAAACGGUAUGUAAAAAUGCACCUGGUAUGUACAGACAUUUGGAUUUUUUUUACUGCAUUAGUAAAUAAAAAUAAAUAAAUGUGUGAACCUAUGAA